UGGUUGUGGUCGUUUGGGUUAUGUUUAAGUGUGAUAGAAAUUAGUUAUUUCUCUGGUUUGAUUAAAAUGCCUUGUGAUUAUUACUACAAGAUAGAAUUACGUCUGCAAAUGCUGUGUAACAUUCAGUAUACUAAAUAAGAACUUUUGUCUUGAGGAAAGUUAAUAGAACAGCCUGACGUUCCCUAACCUUGGUUAUCAAAUGAAGUGUGGUCUAUAAUUUUACAUAUUAGAUCAUGUCGUUUUAUAUUACAAGGCAACGAUUAAUCUCACAUGUCAGAGAUGUCAUUGCGGGUUCUUUGUCGCGUAAAAAAAUUGACACACCUGAAUUUACAAGAACAUAUUGCAAUGCUACACUUCCACCAAGAAAACCCAAGGAAUCGAAAAGUCCCAUAACCUGGAGGAGUCUUUCUGUAACAGCUGUAAUUGGAGGAGGGUUGUUGGCAUUUAUGUUAUAUGUGAAGCGUGAGAAAGAAAUUGCAAUUCAAAAGGAACGAAAACGGCAGCUUGGGAAGGCAGCCAUUGGGGGUCAUUUUGAAUUAGUAGACCAUAAUAAUGAACUUCGUAAGAGUGAAGACUUCAUAGGCCAAUGGCUUCUGAUUUAUUUUGGAUUUACACAUUGUCCAGAUAUAUGUCCCGAUGAACUUGAAAAAAUGGCAGCUGUUGUGAAGAAGCUUGAUUUGGAGGAGAAUGUCCCCAAAGUUCAGCCCCUAUUUAUAACUGUGGAUCCACUGAGGGACACACCACAAAUUGUGCAAAAGUAUGUACAGGAAUUCUCCUCUCGGAUCCUGGGCUUGACGGGGACUACCGAGCAGGUGGAGAAGGCAUGCAAAGCAUACAGAGUGUACUUCAGUGCAGGCCCAAGAGAUGAGGAGAAGGACUAUAUUGUUGACCAUACAAUUAUCAUGUACCUUGUGAAUCCAGAUGGAGAAUUUGUAGACUAUUUUGGACAGAACCGGCAAGUGGAAGAGAUUGUCACCAGUAUCAGGGUGAACAUGGCAAAAUGGGAUCAGCUGCACAGUAGCUGGUUCUGAAGUUAUAAAAGGAAUUGCCCUCAGUGGAUGUACUGUUGGUCUCAGGUGUUGACCUUUUUUACGUACAGUGCAUUAUUAAGUUUCCAUAACAGUAUUCUGCAAAUACUGAAGGAAGGUAUACAUAUGAAGUUUUAUUCCUGCCUUCUGUUGUUUUGGUUUAUAUAAUUAAGCUUUGGUAUCUCCUGGAUUGUUUUGCCUUGACCAGACAAAUAAAUUUUACUUCAUGCAUCAGCAGUUCCUGGAGCCUGUUAUUUUAAGAUAAUUCUGAGAUUCUAUCUAAAUGUCUGCAUUUCAGUCAUUAGUUGCUCAGCCCCUGAAAAGGACGGUGGAUUUUAUUCUCCUUACGUCUACUUACAGAGUGGCUCCUCAUCUGCUCAAUUUUUGAUUGGUACCAUUGAUGCUCCGACCAAAAAUAAGUUGGCUGGUACAUGAAACUGAUCACUUACCUCUGUUUUAGAGAUUAGAUACUCCCCAGUACACCCAUUUACAUGCUGAACAGGUCUGACCAAAUUAACCAGCAUUAAUUCUUUGAGGCAAUAAUUGCCAGAUGUUAGUGCAGAAAAAUUUAGUACUCAUUCCAUCUUUCAUAAUGUGAAUGUUAAAUUUUUAGGAAUGAAUGCAACUCUGAGUGUCUCUUAUCUUUGGCAUGUCUGCCUGCAUGUAACAUUUCUGCCUUUUGAAUGGAAUUUCAUGAAACUGAAUAAUGGAAAUCCCUACUAAAAUUUGUAAAUCAGAUUUUAAUCCAUGACUGUUUUGCUACUGUUUACAGCUGCAGUUUGACAAUUGGAAAGUUCAGACACUCAUUUGACCUUUAAGACAUUGUGCUUCUGUGGCAUAUGCUGUGUCGUGCAGACACAAAUGUAAGGAAUUAAGAUGAAAGGUAAAAGUUGCCCUUGUGCAGUGUAUGCAUGGUGAUGGGGCCAUUAGGUGAAGCUCCCUGCUGUAGCUUAGCUUAGUCUUGGUACUGAAUGGAGGUAAAUGAUUAGCUUCACACUCUUAUAACUUUACACCACAGGAAAACAGUCACUGACACCAACAGGAUAUGAGA